UUGGUCACAUGACCUGAGCUGGAAGUAUUUUGUGGAUGAACCAGUUUCGCAGAGCAUUUCCGCCUGUUAUCUCAGCCGGUUUCUUGUUUUUGUGGAUGCACUUUAAACGGACCAUCUGCACUUUAAUGUUAUUUCUCUGUCGGAAUACAGAAGAGUCUUUUAGAGUCUAACAUGGAGACAGGAAGCUGCCGGCUCGCUGCUCUGUGGACACUUCUCUCCGUUGUGUUGAGUCCCUGUGUGUGUUCCUUCAGCCCUGAUCAGAUUGACCCUCUGAUGUAUGAAGAGCAGCUGCUGUGGGUGAGCGGGUCCCAGGGGGAGGUGAACACCUUCAGGAUCCCGCUGAUCACCUUCACAUCCAAAGGAAGCCUACUGGCCUUUUGUGAGGGCAGGAAGGCGUCGGCCGGCGACAUAGGAGCAAAGUUUCUUGCAAUGCGGCGGUCAACAGACAAAGGAGCCACAUGGUCCCCGACCGCCUUUAUAGUCGAUGAUGGUUUGAAGCCAGAUGGGCUGAAUCUGGGCUCGGUGGUUGUGGACGAGGAAGUGGGCUCCGUGAUUCUGGUCUACUCAAUCUGCUUCCAUAGAUACCAUUGCAAACCUUCCAGCACCAUGAUGGUGCAGAGCCUGGAUGACGGCCUCAGCUGGAGUCUGCCCAAAAACCUGUCGGUUCAGUUGGGAGUGAAAGCCUUUGCUCCCGGACCGGGCUUUGGCAUUCAGAAGCGCCAUGACCCAGCUAAAGGAAGGUUGGUGGUGUGUGGUCAUGGGACAUUGGCGGGAGACGGAGUGUUUUGCAUCCUGAGUGAUGACCACGGAAGUAACUGGUACAAUGGCGCCCAGCUGAAAAGCAUCCCUUACAACCAGAAAAAGAAAGCACUGGACUUCAACCCUGAUGAGUGUCAGCCGAUUGAGUUGACGGACGGCACCAUUGUCAUCAACGUUCGAAACCAGAACCGCUACCACUGUAACUGUCGCAUAGUGGUACGCAGCUAUGACGGUGGGUUGACUCUGCCCAUAGACGGUCUGUACUUUGACACUGAGUUAGUGGAUCCUGCAGUAGCUGCUGGAGCUCUGCAGAAAGACGGAGUGCUCUUCUUCACCAACCCCUCCAGUGAUCAACACAGAAUUAACCUCACCUUACGUUGGUCGCUGAAUAAUGGCCAUUCAUGGAUAAAACAAGCUAUGCAGAUUUGGGCGGGUCCAAGCGGAUACUCCUGCCUGACAUCACUAAAAAGCGGCUCUGCAGAGGACCAGAAGUUCAUCUAUGUCAUCUAUGAAAAGGGCCAUAAGGACUAUGACGAGACUGUCUCAUUCGUCAAGAUCCACCUGUAUGGUGGCCGGUAGGGCAUGUUGCUGGAAGGUAAGCAGAUUCAAAUGUAGGAGUGAAAGGGAAAAGGAAGCUGUUUUUUUUCCACAACUUUCUCAGGAAAAUAUAAAGACUUUUUUAAACUCACUAUGAAAUUGAAAAUGGGAAUAUGAGCGACUGAGCCCCAUGAAACAAUGAGAAUGUUUGUGUUCAGCCUGUGAUAUUGUAAAAAUGAAAUGUUCUGCAUAUUUUAUCUUUCUUUUCUCUAAGAUUCCCACUAUAUAUGAGACUGUAUGAAUAAUGGACUGUAUGUACAUUUUUCUGUCCAAAAAACGUUUUCUGUACAGCUACAAUGAUUGGUGGGUUGCCUGUUGCUACACAAAACAAAAACAUGACCAAGCAAGGUACAAUUAAAUGUUCAAGAUUAGUUUCCAAGCAACAUAAAUCACACUGUCUUGAAGGGAACAGCAACAUCUCGUUAUUAUACUAAAUUAUGACGAUUAAAAUAUCACACCACAGUCUUCCAUGAAGAAAAAUACUAAGGGCAUCAAUCGCUAAUUUAUUUUACAAGCUGUCAGAUUCACUGCAGGUUUGACGAUGGUGUGAAAAGAAAUCCUAUUUCCUGAGAUAAUAUAGGAUGGGUUCUGCCAUUAUAACUACAGAAAAUGUGUAAAAUAAUGUUUAGCCUUUUGUCAUGCGUAUGCACUUGUAUGGUAUUUCCUAUGGGGUUGUUGAAGUAUUUUAGAGAAAAAGAACAGUUAUAAUAAAAAAAAUUAGGUCUGUGUGAUUGAAUGUAUGCGUGAAAAGGAGCAAAUCUGUUUAUGAUCUCAUUAUGAUACCAAAGUGUCCUCUUUUGCACUGAACUCGUUGAAAAAAAAUGCAAACUAUUCCUUGUAUUUAUCAUUUUACACAGGGUAACAAUACAUUGAUUUCACGCAUCUGUGUAAUAAAUGUUUUUCUAACAGUUUAAAAAACAUUUUCUUUGUUGGCAACGCUGAGCAGAUUUCCGUUGUCAUGCAUGAUUAAGCAAGGCAACACUGACCUGAAUUCACAAAAACCUCUCCAUCAAAAAUGCCUUAAUAGUGUAAUUGGUGCUUUACAUUUUACAGUUAUAAAUUGUAUGUAUGUGUAAAUGUCCUCUCUGUGGGACGAAUAAAGGUAUUCUGAUUCUGA